ACGCCCGCCUGGCUAACCAAAUUUGGGCAAAAUGCCCGACGCCCUCCACGUGCUCGUGGUCGCGGACAUCCGCAACGCGAUCGCCCGCGUCAACGAUCUGUGCGAUUACGUCAUCCGCCACCGCUCCGUAGACGUCGUCCUCGUCUGCGGCAGCUUCGUCGCGCCGGCCGGGCUCCAAUCGCCCGAGGAGCUCGCGGCCGCUGAAGGCGACAUGACGGCGCUCAUCUCGCGCCUCGAGAUGAUCGUUUGCCGCGUCGUCUACGUGCCUGGCCCAUAUGACCCGAGCUCGACCAAGCGCCCGACAACUAAGCCGUUCCUGCCCAAGCUCACGCCCUAUUCGAUCAACUGCGACGGCGCGCCGACCGUGCUCUUGCCCGAGACCGAUGGCGGCCGCACGUCGCUCUCGGAACUCGUCGUUGAGGGAUGGUCGUCGGCCAUCGAUGGUCAUGUGGCCAUGGAGCUCCGAACCAAGUACGCGAUUGACGAGAGUCAAUGUAGCGUGUACCGCAAGCUGGCGCGGCUGCCGUGGUGUUGCCGCAUUGGCCUGAGCGAGCGCAGCCUCGGCAGCGUCGACUGGAUAGAGAAAGGCCAAGUGUUGCUGCGCCCUGGUUGGUUCUCGUCCGGGUCGUUUGCCCUUGUCGAGUUUGGCCCUCGAACGCUUGGCGCAGACACGGAAGACGAAGAAGAGGACGAAGAGCCCGCGUGGGACGUCAAGGCGUGUGAGGUGUUUCAUCUAGAUGACGAGUUUCAAGGCUAAUGCUAGACGGUCGGAUUGCAAUGUGUGGUCGCCACGCUGUUUGGCGGAAGGGAAUUUGCACGAGUUUGGACACAGGUG